AUGUCAAAUAAAAAUUACAUAUUUUUAAAUUCAACAGUUUCUACAAAUGAUGAGGUUGUAAAGCUACAGCUUCGCGAACUUGGAGAGCCAAUAUGCUAUUUCGGAGAGGAUCAAUGCGGAAGAAGAGAAAGGCUGUUCAAUAUUAUUGCAAAAAAGAAAAGUCCUGCUAUUUUAAGAAAGGAAUCAGUCAAACCUCUAGCAAAGGAAACAUUUUUUUCACAAGGUACAGAUGAAUUGAUAUCUUUUCGGAGACAGAUCCUUACAUCAUCAAUUAAGAAAUCGUAUUACAGGCUAAAAUACGCCAGAGAAUUUCCCGAAAAAAAUUUAUUGGAAGAAAAAGUCCAUUUUUUAAAAUGUUUUACUCAAAAAAUUAGAGAAAAUAUUUGUGAGAUGUGUGAUACUAGAUAUGUAUUGGGAUGUUGCAUUUCUCCAUUAGGAGAUAAAAUAGCUACCUAUGGUUUGAGUGGUGAUCUUAAAAUUUGGAACUCAAAAAAUUUAAUUCAGGAUAAAGUCCUAAAACACCACAAGCACAGCAUUACAGAUGUGUGCUGGAUUGUUACAGAUGAAGGAUAUUCAAAACUAUUUUCUUGUGAUUUAAAUGCAAAUAUAUUUUUAUGGAAUGAAACUGAAGUUAUAAAUAGGUAUAUUGGGCAUGAAGAUCAAGUAAACAAAAUAGUUGUGCAUCCAUUCUCAAAACACUUGUUUUCUGCUAGUAAUGAUGAAACAUGGAGAAUUUGGGAUAUGGAAACUUCAAGUCAAAUUCAAGUUCAGGAAGGUCAUUCCAGACCAAUUUUUGGACUAGAUCUACAUCCAGAUGGUGCUCUUGUAAUCAGUGGUGAUUCAGGAGGAGUAUUUAGGGUUUGGGACAUUCGUUCAGGCAGCUCAGUUUUAUUUCAGAUAGCCCACUCUGGUAAAAUUAUCACUUCUCAGUUUUCACCUAACUGUGAUGCUACAUUUCUUACAUCUUCUCAAGAUAAUUAUAUUAAAAUAUGGGAUUUAAGAAGAGUUGAUAAGCCGUUGUUAUCUAGCCUUUUGGGACACUCAAAACAAAUUUCAAAUGUUCAAUAUGAACCGAAGAAGGGAAGAUAUAUUGCAUCUGCAUCUCAGGACGAAAGUAUAAAGAUUUGGUCUACAUCAAAGCUUAAUGAGUCUAUAGUUGACUUCAAUUCAAAUUUUAGCUAUAUAACUUAUUCGUGUAUAAAGCAAAUAGAAACUAAUUCACAUAAAAUAACAGGUAUGGAUAUUUCUUCAAAUGGUCAAAGAAUCGUUACUGUAGGACUAGACCGUACUAUUAGAGUCUGGUCUUCUGAUUAUUGA